GCCGCUCGCCUUUUUUCUCAUUCUCAUCAUUCUGAUAUAAUCGAAUGCUUGGUGUUCACAUGGCUAUUUGUGAUCCGAGUGUAAACCGGAACAAAUUGUGUGAAGACGGGGGGCAUCGAGUGUGAAAAAUCUGUGUGGCAAAGGUCGUUCGACUACUCAUGUAUUUAACCAGGGGAUGCAAUGAUGCAGUGCAUUCAUCCCGUCUCAAUCCAACGUCUCUCUCAUGUCCACGAUGACCCAAAAGCUCACGUUUACCACUGCUAGCGUGCAGAAUCUUGUCAUUUCCAACCCAACUGACGCACUCUACUAUGAGGUGUUAACCCCUGAGUGGGACUCGCAUCAGACGACAGUCCGUCGACUCGACACUCACGCAGACCGCUAUGACACUGUCGGCAACAUCCGAAACCAAUCAGGCAAACCCGUCGCAGUCAGCAUGUACAGCGGAGGAUUCAUAAACCAGGAUUUGUGGUUGCGGAAGAUCGAGGGAGAAAACCGAAAGAGUCGAUGGGAAUUUGAUGACGGCGAGGGAAACUAUUUCUCCUGGGCUGUAGCAGGUUCCAAUUUGGAGCUUCGCAGCAUUGACGAGCGUGGGGUGCAGAGUCCGAAACCAAUAGCAACAUACUACCCGCACAAGCGCUACGUCAUGGUGGGGAUGAUAUCGCAGCAAGCAUUUUUGGAGAUCGAGCCAUCUGUGGUGGAUUCCCUGGAUACAGUACUAGUUUCUCUGCUCGUGCUUGCACGGAAACGAAGAAAGCACAGUCUUUGAACAGGGCAUAUGAAGAGCUUAUAGACACUUGGACAUUAUCAACUAGAAUC